UGCCUGGCAGCUGUGGUGUAGUGUGCUCUUGUUUUGGCUUGGCUUGUGACAUUGCAUAGCUGGAAAUGGAAAGACUGUGUUGUGUUUGUUUAGAAAAGGUUUGGUAUGCUGAAUUGGAAGGAUGAUUUUGAGGAUUAUUGCAUUUUGUUGCACAAUCAAUAAACCUAAAUUUCUGUCCACUCCCCGCCUUACUGACUGCUCCAGCUUAUAUAGCUAGCUAGCUAAGUUUGACCAAGCUGGGUCUUUACUAUCCAUAACUAGCCACAAAAUAAAACCAAGCAUUAGCUACAAGCUAACUGCUCCUAAAAUAGUCUUGUAAAAUAUUCAGAGCUUGAUUGCUAGCUAGGCAGUUAACAAUCAUUUUUUAUCUAUUUUAAUCAGCAUUGGUCAUUAAACCUCCACUCUCUCUGUUCCUACCACUUGACAUAAGAUGGGUUCCACUGUGACGUUAUUUGAUUACGUUUUAGUGGUGAGCUCUUUGGCUAGGCAUUUGCUUGGCAGGAAAAAAGAUGCUAGCUAGGUUUUACUACAGAGAGGUCUUUUCUUCUGAUUUAUUUGAAUCAUUUAAAGUCUCAAGCUUAGGAAGAGGGUGCUGAUAAGCUGCAAACCUGCAUAUAUAAGGGCAAGUUCGGAUGACUUUUUGAAUUAAAUUGGCAGUUGUCGUCCAAAUCUGCCUGCAUUUGCCCGAACUCGCCUGGAACAUUCCUGAAAUGCAAUUCCUUGUAACAUACCAUGCGGACGAUAGUUGAAAGAAGGUGCUUGGAGAUAAAGGAGUUAAUAAAGUUUAUAUAUAAGUUAUUUAUCAAGUGAAUCUUGUUAUAAACUAUCAAAAACAGUUCUUUUAAGAACUUUGCUACCGCUUACCAAGUUUAUUUUAAUUUUUAUAGUUUUUUGAAUCAUUGAUGUCUGUUUUUCUUUUCUUUUUCAGGCAUUGUUCAGGUGUAUGCGGGGUUUUUCGAGCAAAUACUUAAAUUUUUUUUCAAAACGCCAAACUCGCCAAAAAAAACCCACACUUUUUACACCUUAUGCGGCUUAUCUGCACCCUCGUAGCUUAGGAUAAUUCUUAUAAGAGUCCCUUUGUGUGAAGAAAUGGACUGAUUACUUUGCUUCACCUAGCGCCCCUAUCUUUUCUCCUGCCAUCCAUACAAAUGUCAAAGUCGAAAGAGCUUACUGCUGAAAAUGUAAACAACAGAAUUCAUCUAUGGGCUAUUAUCAGAUCCGGGUUAACAUGUUUUAAAUUUUCUGAUCUUUUUUUAAAAAUUAAUAACUUAUCUGAAUUCAGCAUCAAAAUUUAUUUCAACUUUAUAUACUCUUAGUAUAACUUUUAUGAAGAAAUAACCAUGCAAAUCAACUGCAGUGAAAAUGUUUCACUACAGUGUUGAAUAUACCUGCAAACUCUUAUAAAUUUAAAGAACUCUAAAUUCAUAUAAGUGAUGUUUUAAUAGUUGUAUGGUAUUCCAAACUUCCAAUCUGAGCUAAUUUUUGCUGAUAAAUCUAAAUAUUAUGCCACUUAUUUUCCUCAAAGAUUUUCCUUCCUUUUUUAACAUUUGAUGAUGUUAUCCCAUAUACAAGAAAUCUUUUUCAUAAACACAUUAAUCAUGCUAACAACAUUGCUAGUUUUCACAUGAAAAGCCACAUUACGUGAAUGUCUAUAUUAUGUGAUUUAAUUUUUCUCGCCAACCAAUCUACUCCCCUUCCCAUUAACUGCCAAUGUCCAUUAAAAUAAAGAAAAUGAAUUGUUCACAGCCCCUGCAAUAAUAGCUGUGCUAAAUAUUGUCUGAUAGCAAAACUUUGUUUAUGAUUAUAGGCUUUAAGUUUAACACCCUGGUGCUGAGAUUUUUUAGAAGCCAUAAAUUGAACAAAAACAGUAUUGCUAUUUCGUGGCAACAUUCCUGUUUUUGUGAACAUGCUUUUUGUCUUUUUUUGUUUAACUUUUUUCUAACCUCGGCACUUCUUAAUCUUUGGUACCCAGUGACUAUUUUCAUAAUAUUCAAGCUGUAGUGUCCCCUUAGGACAAAAUCAUACGUAUUGCUUCUUGGAGUUAAUUCUUAGUGGCCGCAUUCCAAAUUAACUUUCUACAAUGUUCUUAACAGAUUAAUUCAGCCCUGAGUUUGAAUGUUGCUGACAAGCAUUGAUGUUGCCUUCUGCCCUUCUUUUUGUAUACUCCUUCAUUUUUACCUGAUUGCAUUACAUAUCUUUCCAUAUAAUCAUAAGUUAUAAAUGAUUGAUAAACCAGGUAUCUAAACAAAUGGAAAAACAGACUAAUAGAAACCAAAAUAAUCAGCCACCACCACCUGCAACUUCAGUUAAAUUAGAACAAAACAUUGGAGGUAAUAAAGCACAAAAGGGGAUAAAUGACAUUUUUAAUUAUGCCACAAAUGAUAUGAAUAAAGUAAAACAAGAAAUUGAGACAGAGGAGGAAGAGGAAGAAAAAUAUUUUUGUGGAGUUUGUAACCACACUUCAUACAGCUUAGAGGCCUACCAAGAGCAUGUUGUUUCUGAACAACAUGUAAACAGAGCUGCUCGUGUUUUUCAUUUUGAUGUGUCAGCGAAAAAACAAUCAAAGGAAGAUGGAAAAGAUAAAGAAAUCCACCAUUGUGACAUAUGUGAUGUUAACUGUAAUGGAGAUAUAUGUUGGACUGCUCAUUUACAGGGUGCAAAGCAUAAAAAGAAAGAGAAACUAAAAGCUUUAGAAGAUGAAAUAGCAAGAGCUGCCCGUGAUAGAGGUGUUCCGAAAAUUGCUGCCACGACUGACAGUCCAAAUCUUUUACCAAUGACCUUGCAGGAUUUUUUAAAUCAUUCAGAACCACUGAUCGGUCUGGAGUAUAUAACAGAGAUACAGAUCCAAGGAGAAGUGCCUUAUUUCCAUUGUGAACUUUGUGAUGCAAAGUUUGAUAACAACCUAAAGCUCCCGCAUAUCGUGGGUACGAAACAUCGUUAUCAAUUUAUUAAAAAAAAAGAUAGCGACUGGGCAAGAAGUAUUCAUGCGUCCUGUGAGAGACGUUCUGAACUUACUGCCAAGCUUGCUGACAUUGCCAGGAGGUUAGAAGAAGACGAAGGAAGGUUAAUCUCGUUCAUCAAAGUCAAGCAAGGAACACUUUAUGACAGACGUGAUAUUAAGUUGGAGGACGAGGGGUUAAUACCGGAAGAUGACUCUGAUGAGGACAAUGACAAUACUGACAUCUCUCACGAAAAAGAUGGUUUACUUCCUCUGCCUUCCAAAGAUCCAUAUGCGCAGCAAGAAAUACCUUCUUUAAUGGCGUUAGGUGAUGGCAUUCUACCUAUUCCCGAUGGAAUACAACCAGUUGUUAGUGCAGCUGACAAAAAUAUGUACGCCCCCCAAAGGGAUUUAAGCAUGGAGAGACUAAAGAAUAGAAGCCCUAGUGGAGAUCGCCGCGAUCGAAGUCACCAUCGUAGCCGAGACCGUCGCGAUAAUAGAGAUAGAAGAAGAGAUAGAAGUACCGAGAAACCUAGGGGGCGAAGUCUUGAGAGACGGCCGUUCCGAGAACGCUCUCCCCGAUCUAUUGAAGAUGACGACGGUCCAAAAGACAUUAGCGACGAAAUUAGAGAUGAAAUGAAGAGGCAGGAACGACGGAAGGAAGAAAAGAGGCGUGCCGAAGAACGGAAACGGCGUCACGCCGAACGGGAAGAAAUAGAACGAAAAGAAGAGAAAAAAAGACGGAAGAGGGAUGGUUCUUCAAGGAGCGAUUCUAGGGUUUCGUCUCCUCCUCCUGAAGCACCGAAGAUUUUAGACGAUGACACGAAGCGUCUAGUUAUGCAGAACCUGACUGAACUUGCUAAAUGCUGUGUGACAAACGAAGCUGAUGCAGAACUAGCUUUGCAAGUUUCCAACGCGUUAACACAAGCGUUGCUGCAAUAUCGAAUGAAGAACAUGCCAGCUUCAGUUCUACAAACUUUAAAUGUAGUUGGACAACAAGCUGCACAACAGUCCGUCGUUCAACCGCAGUACCAGCAACAACAGCCCUUUCCUCAGCAGCAGUAUCAACAGCAGCAACCGAACUUUAACCCUACACCUAAUGCGAUAUCACAACAAACUGCCUCUAUGUCUUUGCCGCUUGGAACAAUCCCACAGCAGCCUGCUUAUACUAAUCCGCAGUACCGUGGUCCAUCAACGCCAGGCAUGACGAGGGAGAAUCAUAUAAUUCCUUCGCCUUCCGGAAAUAGUCAAAUGUCGCGACCUCAGGUAAACGCUGGGUACUUCAACAACAGCGUGCAAACGCCUCCAGGUGUGCAGCAGAAUGUAUCUGGUAUGGUACAAUCCUAUCAAACAAAUCCUGCUCCGCAAAACGUAAUGCGACCUCAGAACUUAUAUCCUCAAGGAAGCCAAACACCGCAAAAUCAAAACAUGUCAGCGCAAGCCAAUUUUCAACAAAUAGCCCAGCAGAAAGAGAUUAUGCCACAACAGCAAAUGCAACAACAAUAUUCACAACAACAAAUGCGUCAAUUCCCGCCUCAACAAUAUGGUCAUUCACCUCAGCAGUAUGGCUCUUCGUCUCAGCAGGUUCCUCCACAGCAACAGCCACCUCAACAUCAACAACCACUACCACAACAAGUCCAACAACAACAGACACCUCAACAACAACAGCCAACGCAGCAACAACAUCCACCGCAGCAACAACACCCACCACAGCAGCAACAUCCACCGCAACCGCAGCAACAACAUCCACACCAACCGCAGCAACAACGUCCUCUGCAACAACAACUGCCAACCCACCAACAACAACUGCCGCAGCAGCUGCAAUACUCCCAACAAUCGCAGCAAGUUAACCAAGAUCAAAGUAAUUAUGGCCCGUAUCCAGCACGCUACGACGGAAGUCCUAAUCGAAUGUCCAACCAGUCAAACAUUCACCCGUUGAUGGGUUCUAACCGAGCUCCAAAUCAUCAGCGGAAUCAGCCAUUAAUGAGCCCAAAUCGCCCUCAGCCUUUAAUGAAUAUAGGGAAUAACAUAGAAACUAAAGAACAGCUACACGGUUUGAUGGAACAGUCUUUCACGCAGCCCCUACGCCAACCUAUGAGUCAAAUGCAGCAGUCUCCAAUACAAGAGCAAAAGUUUCAGCGAGCGCCACAGCAGUCGAUGAUGCAACAGCAACAGCAAUUUCAACAGCAGCACCAACACCACCAGCAGCAAAAACGCAAACCUAUGCUGCAACAAUUACACGAACGCCGUUCGAGCAAACAGGAAUACGAUAAUGACGAUCAUAUGACGCGUCAAAUGUCUUCGCAGCCUAUGUAUGAGCGACAGCAGAUGGGCAUGAGAUAAUGCAUAUAUUGAUUCAGUCUCAAAGCGCACCGGUAUUCCAUAACCUGAAUCUUGUCAGAACAUUGGAUAAAAAAGUGAGAGACUGUGUUCAAAGAUGUUUAUUGAAGCAUGAGACUAAGUUCAAAGUUGUAUCUUGUUUUGAAAAAAGAAAGGUUUUGUAA